AUGGCCUCGCUCAGAGAGGGCGACUUCGUACUACUUGCGUCCACGAACCUCGAAGGGAGGCUGAUUGGCUGCUUCUCUCGCGGCGUGUCUCACUGCGGCGUGAUGCUGCGGCUGCCCGGGCCCGACGGCCGGUUGUGGUUCGUUCACUCGUACCCGGACGCUCCAGAGGGCACCGACUUUUACGUUCCGCCGGGCAUGAGCGCGUUCCGCGCCAAGUUUGAGCUUUCCGCCGGCGGCGUGCGCGCCGUCCCGCUCGACAAGUUCCUCUCCGCGCACGCCAACAUCUACAGCGGUGGCGGCUGCGAGGUGGUGCGGCCGGCGCCACCUUUCGACGAGGCCCAGCUCGAAGCGAUGCGUGCGUUGGUGGCGAUUCACUACGCCAAAGCCUUCGAGACCAACUCGUGGCAGCUUAUCAAUUCGUGCCUCGGCUGCGGCCUCUCCAGCUGGUGCUGCGCGACAAACGACUCAUACUUUUGCUCCGAGCUCGCCGCCGAGAUGUACCAAGCCGCAGGGCGGCUGCCCAAGCUUGAGGCCUCCGCCUACUCGCCGGCAGAGGUGGCAGAGUCCCUGCUCGGAGCCGGCGCAGAGCGCGUCGGUGCCAUUGACGGCUACUCUGCGCCGGGCAACUGUUGCGCGCUGUGCUCGCUCUGCCAGAGCUGCUGUUUUGUCGUCAGCUGCUUCGCCUGCGCCGUCGGACCACGAGGGUCCACCGAGACCGCGUAG